AUGCUCCGUGCAUUUGGCGGCGAUCCAAGGCUUCGCCACAGCGGCUUGCUGCUGGCGUUGGCAGGCGCGAGUUGCUUCACACUGCUGCAGCCUCCAGGGCGUUUUGUGGCCACGCCCUUGGCAGAGCAAGAGGAGGAUCCACUGAACGUGUGGGCCAAAGAGGAGCUCCAGCAGAGAGCUUCCAACGUGCAGUUCCUGCAGAGCCGCUGGUACUUCGAUGCGCCGUGGCGUCCUCUGGGCUUCGACGCUGGCAGUUUGCAGGAGCUGCGCCACGUCGCAGCUGUGCGGUCGAUCGUGGCGUUGGCCAACACAAGUGGUGCUGAGGAGAUGACAAGAUUGGCGGUAUCUUGUCUACGGUAG